AAAUUAGAGGACAUAACGUCCCUCGUGUUAUUUCAGUGCGACAUUUUGUGAAAUUUAAUAGUAUUUUUGGUGGUUAUCACGUUGGAGCAUUUGCAAAAAUGACGGGCGUUACAGCCGAGUCAAUUAUUCCAAAUAAUGGUUUGGACAGUCGUAAAUCAGCAGAGGAAAUGGAUGAACAAAGACAGAAAACUCUAGCUUAUGAAUAUUUAUGUCACCUAGAGGAAGCUAAAAUAUGGAUGGAAGCAUGUCUAAGAGAAAAAUUACCUUCAACAACUGAACUUGAAGAGAAUUUAAGAAAUGGAGUUUAUUUAGCCAAGUUGGCACAUUUUAUGGAUCCAGAGUCUUGGCCAUUGAAUAAAAUUUAUGAUAUCGAUCAAAAAAGAUAUAAAAUUGCUGGUCUACAAUUCAAACACACCGACAAUAUAAAUUACUUUAUCGAGUGUUUGAAAUCAAUGCAAUUGCCACUGAUAUUUCAACCUGAAACAACAGAUAUUUACGAUAAAAAAAAUAUGCCAAGAGUAAUUUAUUGUAUACAUGCCUUGAGCACACAUUUGUUUAAAUUAGGCAAAGCACCACAGAUUCAAGAUUUAUAUGGAAAAGUUAAUUUCACUGACGCUGAAAUAGAUACCGUGAGUAAAGAGCUUCAAAAGUAUGGAAUGCAAAUGCCAUCAUUCCAAAAAAUUGGUGGUUUAUUGCUACACAGCAUGGCUGAAGAUACGGCAGCACUUCAUGCUGCUGUGAUUGCUAUAAAUCAAGUGUUGACAACAUCCGAUCGUAAUUUAUUAUUACAAGUAUUAUUGAAGCCUGUUGCUAAGUUAAAAAAUGUUAAUUCUGAAUUAAUAGAUAUUUAUUUUGAAACUUUAUCACAAGCUAAAGAAGACAAAAUCGAAGCUGCUUUUAAUAGGUCAUUAAAUGACAGCUACAUUCCUGAUGUAUAUGAUGAAUUAUUAACACCUGCUGAAAUACAAGGACAUAUCAAUAAUGUUAAUUCAUUAGAGGCAUUCCAAAAGCUCAUUAAAUCACUUGAUAAUGAUGAUGAUGAUGAAUUUUUUAAAUGUUUAAAGAACCCCGGACUACAGCUACAAAGAAUUUCUGCGAAAAAUCUUAAACAAUAUAAAAAUGGAUUAGUUUCAUUUAUUGAGAAAUUUUCCAAAGAACACGAUUUUAUUGAAGAUACCAUACGCUGGCAGUAUUUAUUGCAGAAAGAAAUAGACGAAAUAAAUGAUAAUGAAUCUAAAAAUAUUAAAAUAAAUAAUAUUGUCAAAUCAUUAAAUUCAGCUCUUGAUAAUGAUUCACAAGAAUUAUUUUAUUCGGCAUUGAUGAGUCCUCAUUUAGGUAUCAGCGGGUCUAUUGAUGAAUUUGCAUUGCCACUUUAUUAUGAAGAGAUGAAAAUAGAUCGUAUUGAAUCUGAAUGUGAUAUUUGUUAUCAAGAUAUUUUAGUAAGUAUACGUGUAUUGACAGCUAUUGCAUCUAUUUCAAAAGCUAUCGAUACAAAUAAUCCAGACUUAGUAUUCGAAGCAUUAUCGAAUCCUGAAACACAAAUUUCAAAUCUUGAUAAAAAUAAUAAAGUCAAAUAUUAUCAUUCAUUGACAAUGGUACGACAUGAUAAGUUGAUAAAUAAUAAUAAUAAAUGUCCAAUAUUGACAUAUAUCGAUAUACAAGAAACAAUCGAUUUAGUUAAUCAGCAAUGUCAAAAUGAUGAUAAAGCAAUUGAUGGAUUACGAUUAUUAAAUAAAGCUGUUUUAGAAAAUAAUAAAACAGAUAUAAUAGUGGCGUUGAAAAAUAAUUUAUUAGAUCCUACGAUUCCAAUUAUGGAAGACGACGCGAUAUUAUAUUUACGAUUAUUUAAACAAUGUUUAGAUGAAAUAAAUGACGAGAGGUCAGAAUUAUGGCUCGAAGAUGUUGAUCUCGUUAGCAAAAUUAUCGUUGAAGAAGUAACACAUGUGCAAAAUGUAUUUCAUGUGUUGACUAAAAUCAACAAUGCAUUAGAUGAUAAUGAUUUUAAUUCAACAAUUAAAUGUAUUAAAAGCGCCAAUUUUAAAAUAAUUGAAAAACACUGUGACAAAUAUUUUGAAUACUUAAAAAAUUUAAAAGAUUAUAAAAAAAGAGAGUACAAUUGUUCUUACAUUUGUUACGUGACACCUCGUGGUAUUGAGGCUUUUAUUGAUCUUGAUAAAUUAACAUACUCAUGGAACAAACCAAAACAUAUAACCGAAAGUCAUUUUAUUACGCUUGAAGAUAUUGACGAAAUAGUAACUGUUGUUGCUAAUGAUGAGUAUAAUUUAUCAUCCGAUAUACUUAAUCAACAAGCUAUAAUUAAUUUUCAAGCAUUAGCACGCGGUUAUUUGCUAAGAACAAAAAUGUCACAACGUUUGACAUAUUUUUACGAUAAUAUUGAUUAUGUUGUUAAAAUUCAAGCUUGGUGGCGAGGAAUAAAACACCGUCGUAUUUAUCUCAAUAUGUUAAAUCAAAAACAUAAUGAAAAAUGUUUAAAAGAAGAAGAAGAAGCAGCAGCAGAAGAAGAAAAAGAAAAAAGUAAAUCAAUAAUCAGCACACCAGCAGUACCAACAGAUCCAAUUGAUUAUUAUAAACGUUAUGAAGAUAAAAUAAUCAAAAUUCAAUCAUUCUGGCGAGGUAGGAAAGCACGUAGAGCAUUCAUUUCACUUUUACGUAUGGAUAAACCACCAUUUCCUGUAGUACGUCAUUUUUCAACGGUAUUAAAUUUCAAUGCUGAGGAUUAUGAUAAAGAUCUUCAAUUGCAGCAACUUAAACAUGACGUUGUUAAGACAAUAAAAUAUAAUGAAAAUUUAUCACAACAAUUAAAUAGUAUGGAUAUUAAAAUUGGACUAUUGAUACAAAAUAGAAUAACAUUGCAAGAUGUAAUAGCACAUGGGAAAAGUUUAGAAAGUCUUGCUAAAGAAAAAAAUAAUAAUAGAUCGCGUAAGAAUUCAUUUUCCGAGGCUUCAACUUAUAAGGGAUUGAAAUCACUUACUAAAGAAGGAAGAAAAAUGUUGGAAGGAUAUCAGCAUCUUUUUUAUGCAUUACAGACAAACCCGAAAUAUUUAGCUAAAUUAUUAUUUCUUUUACCACAAAGUAAAUCAAAUAAAUUUUUACAAAACGUCAUUCUUACAUUAUAUAAUUUUGGUUCAAAUAUAAGAGAAGAGUAUUUGUUACUUAAAUUAUUUGGCAAAGCAUUGCAGGAAGAAAUAAGAUCGAAAUUUCAAAAACCAUCGGAAGUUGUUACUGGUAAUCCAUUGGUACUAAAAAUGGUUGUAAAUUAUGCGCGAAAAUUAAAUGGACAACGAGCGUUAAGACAAAUAUUAGGUCCAGUUAUUGAAAAAGUAUUGGCCGACAAAACAAUAAGUAUUGAAACAAAUCCAGUUGAUAUUUAUAAAUGUUGGAGAAAUCAAUUGGAAAUGAAAACUGGGGAGACAUUAAAUUUACCUUACUCAGUAACAGAACAACAGGCAUUAAAUUAUGAACAAGUACGUAAUAAAUUAUCUGCUGGAAUAAAAGUUCUUAAAAAUACAGUAUUAGAAUUUUUGAAAAGAAUAACAGAAUCACGUAAUUUGAUACCCUAUGGCAUGCUUUAUAUAUCUAAAGUACUCUAUAAUACGUUGGUAGAAAAAUUUCCAAAUGCACCUGAAAAAGAUAUACUGAAAGUUGUUGGCAAUUUGAUAUACUAUCACUUUAUAAAUGCAGCAAUAGUAGCACCAGAUGCUUUUGAUAUUAUAACAUUACCAAUUGACGAAUCAUUGUCGAAUGAUCAAAGAAGAAAUUUAGCAAGUAUUGCUAAAAUUUUACAAUUUGCAGCUUCUAAAAAAGGAUUUGGUGAAGAAGCAACUCAUUUAGUAGGUUUAAAUCCAUUUAUAAUUGAUUGUCAUGAAAAAUUUAAAGACUUUUUCCGUUCAUGCUGUCAAAUUGAAGAACUAGAUCAACAUUUCAAUAUACAUGAGUACACAGAAGCAACACUUAUACAUAAACCUGAAAUAUAUAUUUCAGUUCAGGAAAUUUGUGACACUCAUUCACUGGUAUUAGAGUAUCAAUAUGAUAUAGCUCCUGAUCCUAAUGAUCAGUUACACAAAUUAUUAGAUGAUUUACAACCAUCUGCACCAACAGUUGCCUCUCUGAUGGGUGUUACGGACCCAAUAUGUGAUUCAACAUUAACUCGUAUGGGCAAAACGGAAGUAUGUUUAGUACUCACUAAUAAAUUUCAAGUUCCCGAUGAUGAUGAUCAGAGUUUGAAAAAGUUAUUUAUUAAAACGAAAGAAUUAUUAGUAUCGGUAAUACAAUUUUUAAAAGGUGACACGCUUGUCAGUGCACUAGAAUCAACAUCAUCACCAAUUCAGGAAAAACUUUAUGAUGCUAAAUUUACAAAUGCAUCUGUUGUGACAAAUACAAGUACUAUAUACAGAAACAGUUCAUCAUUGAAUGAUUGCAAGUAUCAAUUACGUGCAUAUUUGGCGAAAUUAGAGCAUGGCAAAUUUGUAACGCGGACAGACGGCUAUCAGAGCAUCAUAACAGCAGUUGCUAAAGAUUUAUGUAAUAAAGGAAAAUAUCGGAUGAUUAGAAACAAAGAACUGCAAGCAUUGAGAACAACAAGACAGCGUUUACAGGAAAAAACUAAAUAUUAUGCUGAACAAGUACAGUAUUACAAUGAAUAUACACAACGUUGUUUAGAAAAUCUUCAUACGGGAAAGGGUACAUUACGUGCUGUCAAAAUACAACAGAAAAAUUCGAAUAAUAAUCAUGCCAAUUUAAAAUCCAAGAAAACUCUCAAGUACUCGGCAACAAAACUAGCAGAAAAAGGAGUGCUGUUGGAAAUAGACGGUCUUACUCAAGGGCAAUUUAAAAAUGUUUCUUUUGAAAUAACACCAACAGAGCACAGUGGUUUGUUUACGAUAAAAGGUAAAUUUAUGGGCGUUGAAAUGGAAAAAAUAGAAAUAGAUAUACAAAAAUUAUUAGAGCUACAAUUUGAGGGCGCGCCUAUUAUGAAUCUCUUUGACAAAGCUAAAAUAAAUGUUAAUCUACUAUUGUAUUUAUUGAAUCGUAAAUUUUAUGGUAAAACUUAAACUUAAAUAUUUAAUAAUCGUAAUGCGUAAUUAGUUAUUAUUUUUUUUAUAUUAUCAAUCAAAUAUUAUGUGACAGUAAAAAGUAUGUAAUUAUUAAUAACAUUAACAAUUGAAUUUAA